GCUGGCCGCUGACAAAUCAACGGUUCAAGAAACGACAUCGCUAAACACCCUACCUAGAUCCCUUCUUAAGCCAAAUCUCGCAAUUCUUCACUUUCUUCUUCUUCUUCUUCUUCUUCUCUGCAGUCUCUACCCUGGUUCGUCGGAGGUCGGACCGGGUGAGGUGCCUCUGCUCUCUCCCUCCCCGGAAGAGAUUUACACAUUAUUAUAGUAGAAGGGGUAAAUCGGGUAUUGAGGAAAAAUGAACGGCGGAGAUUCGAAUCAGCAGCCGCAGCCACAGCAACAGCAGCAACAACAGCAGCAGCAGCAACAGUGGAUGGCGAUGCAGCAGUACCAGCAGCAGCAACAAUGGAUGGCAAUGCAGUAUCCUGCGGCGGCAAUGGCGAUGCAGCAGCAAAUGAUGUAUGGGCAGCAAUACGCGCCGUACUACCAGCAACAGCCCCCGUCGCAGCAGCAGUACCAGCAGCAGAAGCAGUCCCCUCAGAUUCAUAGCUCCGGGGAAGAUAACCGCACCAUCUGGAUUGGAGACCUCCAGCAAUGGAUGGACGAAGGUUAUCUUCAUACUUGCUUUGCUCACGCUGGUGAUGUUCUUUCUGUUAAGGUCAUUCGCAAUAAGCAGACUGGUCAAUCAGAGAGAUAUGGAUUUGUAGAGUUUAAUAGUCACGCUUCUGCAGAGAAAGUGUUGCAGAGCUAUAAUGGCACUAUGAUGCCAAAUGCUGAACAACCCUUCCGCUUAAAUUGGGCAGGAUUUAGCACCGGCGAGAAGAGAGCAGCAGCAGCAGAUCCUGGUUCUGAUUUAUCAAUAUUUGUUGGAGAUUUAGCUGCUGAAGUUACUGACACGAUAUUGUCUGAAACUUUUGCUAGUAGAUAUUCCUCUGUUAAAGGUGCAAAAGUAGUAGUUGAUGCAAAUACUGGGCGUUCAAAAGGCUAUGGCUUUGUUAGGUUUGGAGAUGAGAAUGAAAAGUCCCGUGCCAUGACUGAAAUGAAUGGUGUGUAUUGUUCUAGCAGGCCUAUGCGAGUUGGGGUAGCAACCCCCAAGAAACCAUCAACACAACAACAACAACAACAAUAUGCUUCACAAGCUGUAGUAUUGGCUGGUGGAUAUGCUUCAAAUGGUGCUAUGAUCCAAGCCUCCCAGUCUGAUGUUGAUUUAUCUAACACAACAGUAUUUGUGGGAGGAAUUGACUCUGAUGUUACUGAUGAAGACCUACGACAGUCAUUUUGCCAGUUUGGUGAUGUUAUCUCAAUUAAAAUACCUGUUGGGAAGGGAUGUGGUUUUGUACAAUUUGCAAACAGGAGCUCGGCAGAGGAUUCAAUACAGAAACUAAAUGGAUCAGUCAUUGGCAAGAACACAGUUCGCCUUUCCUGGGGUCGAACCCCAGCAAACAAGCAGCAGGCUAGAGGUGAGGCUAAUGGUCAGUGGGGUGGUGCUUAUUAUGGAAGACAAAGCUAUGGUGGAUACGGACAUUCCAUGCCACAAAAUCAUGAUCAAAAUAUGUAUUCUGGUGGCAGUGGGUAUGGAGGAGCUGCAAAUGGAGAUGGGAACCACCACCAGCCCCUAAACUGAACAAUAUUCAUCUCUGUACUAUCUGAACAAGUAGACAACAACUUAUAGACUUCACCCACCCAUCUUUCCCUUCACAAUUUCCUUUACAUUUGAGAUUGAAAGAUUGGUAUAAAUAUAUAUAAAUAUGUAUCAUGUCAGAAUUUUUGUAGCUGGAUUGGAUUAAAUUAACCUGCAUACUUGCUACUUAAACAUGGUGGUGUUAUUAUGAUUGCUGAUGUUAUUCGACUCUCAAAUUUUACUAACA